AUGGCUGAAGCCGGACAGCAACGAGCUCUCAACACUGCUUUCGCGCCUCCACCUCCCCUUUGGAAACACUUCACUCCCGGAAAUCUCAAGAAACUAGAGGAAAUCAAAAGAGAGGCAUCAAAGCGAGAAGAUGGAAAGCCACGAAAGAAGGAAUGGCCGCCAUCGGACCUGCGCUCUCUGGCUCUGCCCCCAGAGCUACGUUUCCUCGUGCCCCCGGAGAUUCCUUCGGGCAAUUACAGUGUCUUUGGCGAAGUUCAAAACCUCUCAACCGCCCUGCCGUCCCUAGAAGAACAAGGCAUCAAUCAGCUUUAUCCCUCCUCCCCCAGACCCGGCCCCAACGGCGAACCACCCGCGCAACCAGCUCAGCCGUUGAACCACGCGUACUACCUUUUAAAAAUCAGCAAAUCGCUACUCCUCAACUUUCUAGAGCUUGUCGGGAUCCUCUCUACAACGCCGGACCAAUUCGAGCCAAAAAUCGAGGAUAUCCGCAACCUAUUCAUCAACGCGCACCACCUACUCAACCUAUACCGACCACACCAGGCACGCGAGUCUCUGAUUAUGAUGAUGGAAGAACAGCUCAGCCGGACACGAGAGGAAAUCCGCGAAAUGGACAAGUUGAAGGAAGAGCUCACCGCUGUGCUAGAUCAGUUGGCUGCCGAAGGCGUUGAUGUGGGAUCUACUAUCCAGCCACCUACGGGGGAUGACAGAAAGGCAGUGAAGCCGGAGGAGCAUGUGUCUGAGGACUCUCAGCUCGUCUGGGAUAUCAUCGAUGAGCUUGAUCGGUAA